GAUACUGUUACUGUGUCUGUCUGUUAUAACUCCUUCCCAUCUGUUCUGUUUAACAACACAAAAAUAAUGGAAAAAAUUUAAGAAGAUGCCGAAGAUAGAUUUUAGGCAAUAUAACAUGAAAUUACUAAAGAAAAUUUAUGAUGUUUUACGUACAAUGCAUACUUGAAUAUACAUUUACGAAAAUCAGUUAACAGCAGAAGCGAAAAGAGAAAAUUAGCAGUUUGUGCAACCACAAUUGGGCUCCAUUACCAAAUCAAAUCAAACUCAUUAAUAAAAGAAUUUUAUAUCUUCUCGUGCUACGAUGACCCUAAAUCUGGGAGGAUGGAUACACAGUUUCACAGUAACUGAUACGCAACAGCACAAGGGAGGCUAUACUAUUUACAAGAUUACGUCGAUUGUCUUCCCCCGUUCGGUGCCUCAGGCACUAACGUGUCUUGUAGUAUGGAAAAGAUUUCAUGAGGUCAAACGUCUGCAUAGGGAACUCAGUCGCCGGCACAAAAGUAUGAAGCUGCCGGGUAAAGUGCCCGAGCCAACAGACAGUAGCUAUUUUAAACGUUUCGAUGAGGAUGUGAUACAGCUACGUAAAGACUAUAUACUCAGACUACUUGACUUUGCCGCCCAGCAUCCGGUGCUAUAUAAAUGCAACAGUUUCACACAAUUCUUUAGCGAAGCGCAAUCACCAAAUUCAUCACCGCUACGAAAAUUGUAUGUGGAGCGCUCACUCAAGAUACCUGGCAGCGGUGCAAUAGCUGAAAUUUGCGAUAAACUCGAUUUGCCCUACGAUCCACACGACGCUAAUGGCAUGGUGCUCUUGGAUCCACGCUGUGACAAACCUAGUAGCGAUAGCGAGCAAAAUGAACAGCAAGAGCAAGAGCAGCUUAGUGUAGAUAAGAUUGUGGAAAAACAGGAACAACAAUCUAAGCGCGACUACACGCGUCUGCUGACGCCUAUGGCUUCGGUGGAGAGCGAAGACAGCGACUACAUUUAUGAGGCGGCCUUGGAAUUCAGUCAUGCUGUACAGUCGGAGGUCAAUUUGGAGUAUGAAGAUGCUCAUAGGCGUUACAAGCGCGGCGUGGAGCUUUUGCUUGUGGGCUCUAAAUGUGAUAGUAAUGAGGAUCGCAAGUUUAUUGCCAAGGCCAAGAUUGCCAAAUAUUUGGCGCGUGCCGAUGAUAUUUAUGCAAAUUUCUUGCGUUCCGAUGUCGCUCGUUAUGGCAACAGGAAGCUGCAAUUUCAACUUUCUCUAGAUGAAGUCGACAGUGUAACGCAAUUAGAAUGUGCCUGGAAUCAAUUGGCUAAGUACAAGGUCCUGAAAGUGUUGGGAGAUCGCGUCAUGCAGGUGCAGUGCAUCACAGAACCGCAGUCGCGGCCAACGUGCAUAAUGAAGGGCAUCGAGAAGCCAGCAAGCAAUUCGCCCACCCAAAGCAUUUUUCUGCCACAACGUGUGCCCUACAUGUGCCAACUGCUGGCUUACUUCCAGUCGGACCAGAAGAUUUUCCUGUUGCUCAAGCAGGCCGAGGGUGGACGCCUUUACGACUACAUACAAAGCUACACCCCUACGGCUAGCAAGAGUGUUGAUUACGCCAACUUAUUUCCUGCGGAACAGCCAUUGACAGUUGCCAGUGAUGUUACCGAGCUGGUGCGCAGUUCGCAACAAUUACUUAAGUCAGUCUCGCAUACUCUGAGCAACUUGCAGGCGGGAGCGCUGACUCCAAGACGACAGCAGACGACGGCGAGGCGUUUGCCUGAGGUCUGCUUGCGUCAAUGGGCUUGCGAGCUGGCGGUAGCUAUACACAGUCUGCAUGGCAAGGGUGUUAUAUUGCGAGACUUACAUAUGGAAAAUAUUUUGCUGGGAAAGUCUGGCCAAUUGAUGCUCACAUACUUCUACCAGAACGAGGGUCUAACCUCUGAUGACAACUACGUGCAUAAGGCGCUGAGUUUCCAAGCUUUAAAAAAUCAUUUCGUGGCCCCAGAACGACCGCUUACCCUUCGCUCAGAUUGGUGGAGCUAUGGAAUCGUACUCUACCAGCUGCUAUUGGGCGUGUCGUACAAGGUAAUGCAUCCCGGGCAUCUGGAACUCUACGGAUGUGUACAAUAUCCGUCAGAUGUUGUGGACAUAUCGGAUAACGCACGAAAUUUGCUAGAGCAAUUAAUUCAAUUGUCACCGGAGCAGCGCUUGGACUAUGAACAGCUGCAGGCACAUCCAUUUUUUGAAGGCGUCGAUUGGCAGACAGUUCUGGACCAAGGCAACGGUUCUUCUUAGUUAAUCGUAUGACGAAGAGGCACCAAACGAAUCGAAUUUCCAAAUUUGCCCUAUUAUUUAAAUAUUAAGGCGAUUUGAGGAAAUUGAAGAAUCUUGAAAACAACCAAAAUUAAUUUUAUGUUUGAAAAUAAGAGAAAAUUUUGAUCUAAUCAUAUAUGAUUUUUGAUGUUUUGUUUGUUUUUUGUUUUCUGUUUUCUGUUUUCCGUUCAUAGUUUUGUUUGACAUGAAUUCUGUGCGGUACAAAAUAUGUUUCUUUAUUAUUUAAUAUAUAAAUGUAUUAUUUUGUUUAUGCAUAUAUACAUUGCAAAUCCUAGAGUAUUUCAUAUUAAGAAGCAAGCUAGAUCUUAGACUAAUGAAAACUUGAAGCAACUGAAACUCGAAAUUAGAUUACUAAGAUUCAUAUACCAUAUGUAUUAAAAUAUUUUUUGGUUUUGUUUAUAUACUAUAAGCCAAUUAUACAAACAUACAAACACUUUAUUGUCUAUCUACACAACAGUUUUUGAUAUACUACAUUUAUACAUACAACUAGGGGCAAUAAUUAUGAACCAGAAUCGGGAGAAAGCGAGAGGCUUUGUCUCAUCCAUCUGGUUACUGCUAAUAAGGCACAUUUGGAAUGCAUUCCGUACAUGUUGGCGAUUGGGAAAAGCCAACAAUGUAUGAUAUAUAUAUUUUAUAAUUUUGAUAGUAAGGCUAAUAAAAAGCAUUAAGUUUUGGCAAGA